CUCUUUCUCGUUGUGUGUUUUUCCGUAUCUCGAAUCGCUCUUCUCUGCAACGCCAAAAGCUCCUUCGUAAACCUCGACUACGAGAAGAGUGGUCUUGAUGCCGCUGGUAAGACUACAAUCCUCUACAAGCUCAAGCUCGGAGAGAUCGUCACCACUAUCCCCACCAUUGGAUUUAAUGUUGAGACCGUGGAGUACAAGAACAUCAGCUUCACUGUGUGGGAUGUUGGUGGUCAGGACAAGAUCCGUCCAUUGUGGAGGCACUACUUCCAGAACACUCAGGGUCUUAUUUUUGUGGUUGAUAGCAAUGACAGAGAUCGAGUAGUUGAAGCAAGGGAUGAGUUGCACCGGAUGUUGAAUGAGGAUGAACUGAGGGAUGCUGUUUUACUUGUUUUUGCCAACAAACAAGAUCUUCCUAAUGCAAUGAAUGCUGCUGAAAUUACUGACAAGCUUGGACUUCAUUCACUCCGCCAACGCCACUGGUACAUCCAGAGCACUUGUGCAACCUCUGGAGAGGGUCUCUACGAGGGUUUGGACUGGCUUUCCAACAACAUCGCCAGCAAGGCAUGAGACUUGAAAAAUUUUGGUGUGGUAAUUCCACGCUUGUGUGGCGGUUCUUGGAGAAGGAUGGUGUUUACCUUUCAAGUGAAUGGAUGUAAUAGCAGAAUGUUUUGUUAGAAAUAUUAUCCACUUCACUCUGUAACUUGGGUUUGUACCUUGUAUGAUUGCUUAAAUUAGCUAAUACUUUUAGCUAUGAUUGGAACUCUUGCAAUCUCAUUUGGCUACCACCUUUUAUCGUC